AUGGCGAAACCGACUAGAGUUGACGGGAAAAAGAGCCGUGAUUACCCACAGAGUUAUGACCACCUCCAGAAAGUGGACAGCAGGCAAAGAUCUUCCUCUCCUUACCAAAACCCCAAGAGUAAUUUGGCAGUUCCAUUCAGAGGUCCAAUCAAGGGUGGUAUGCGACCGGGAAAGAAGGUCAUAGUGGUGGGUGUUAUAGAUUCUCAACCAAACAGGUUCUACAUUGUCUUGUCGUGUGGCUGUGGCUCAUUGAAAGAAGCUCCAUCUGAUGUGGCCCUGGAGCUCAGUGUCAGGUUCAAAGAGCGCCUGGUCCUCCGCCGGGCCUGUGUGUCCAGGACCUGGAGUGACACUGAGAAAACCCUCCCAUUCUUCCCUUUCAUCAGGGAUCAGCCUUUCAGGAUGGAGAUCUGCUGUGAACAAAGUCGCUUUCGUGUCAUGGUGGAUGGGCAACAGCUUUUCGACUUUAACCACAGAGUGGCGGCUCUUGAGGCAGUAGACACCAUUUGGAUCAAGGGCAGUGUGAAGAUUACCAAAUUGGGCUAA